CGUGUAAGCGAUAUAUAUCGCAAGCAAUAACUCGCAGCUAACUUAACACCUUUCGAAGUCGAAAUUGUAAAUCAGCUGUUAAAAUGUCAGUAACGCUGCACACCGACGUGGGCGAUAUUAAAAUCGAGCUCUUCUGCGAGGCCUGCCCCAAGGCCUGCGAGAAUUUCUUGGCCUUAUGCGCAAGCGACUAUUACAGUGGCUGUUGCUUCAUAAGGAACAUCAAGGGAUUUAUUGUGCAAACCGGCGAUCCAACAAAUACGGGCAAGAAUGGACAGUCUAUUUGGGGCACCAAGUUCGAUGACGAGUUUAAGGAAACAAUAAAGCACACAGACAGAGGCAUGGUCUCCAUGGCAAAUAAUGGUCCCAACGCGAAUGCCAGCCAGUUUUUCAUUACGUACGCUGCGCAGCCUAAUCUGGACUUGAAAUAUACGCUAUUUGGACGUGUCAUCGAUGGUUUUGAUGCGCUCGAUGAACUGGAAAAGCUGCCCGUAAAUCCAAAAAACUAUCGUCCGCAUGUCGACAAGAAAAUCAAUGGAGUAACUAUCCAUGCAAAUCCGCUGGCAGCGUGAUAAAUGCGGAUCGGGAUUGCAUUAGUUAAUGCACUAUACAUAUAUAUUUAUAUAUUUUUUUAGCCUUAAGUUAAAAUGAUAUUUUAUCUUUCAUUUACAAACUAAUUAAUUGAGAAACAGCAAAUUGUGCAAAAGCUGCUAAAACUAGAUCUUAAAAAUCAGCCAAGUUGUCACGAUUUUUUUUCUUUUAGUUAUAUGUAUACAUACGAUUGCAUUGCUCAUUUCGCGUGGAUUUUGAUUUGAAACGUUUUUUCCGAACACUUUUGCACUUAUAUUGAAAACUUACAAUAGACAAUAUGUUUGAUGAUUGUUAAAACGAAUAACUAGAGAAGUAAAAACAAAUGCUAACAAGAA